AUGACCUCCAGAAAGUUCUAUGUAUUUCAGGUUUGCCAGACUUUCGAGGCAAGCGAGGUCAAUGCAGUCUUAUUGCCAUGUUUUGCCAGCCACACUUUUCGGGAGGAGAUCCAAGAGGAAAUUGGAAUACCCGUUCUGGAUAUGAUGGCGGCGUUACGCAUGCACGUGGAUCAUGUCGCUGAACGCGGUACAACGCUGGGCAUCAUGGCGUCCGACUAUGUUAGGCACUCCGGUUUGUUCGAGCGCUAUUUCGGCACUGAUUUCAAGCUCGUUUAUCCAAACGAUAACGAGCAAUCUAGGUUGAUGGGCGCCAUGUAUGGGGUUAACGGCAUCAAAGAUGGAUUCCUUGACGGGGGCCACUUGAUCUGCGGUGAUCUGCAACGGCGGGGCGUCAGAGCACUGGAUAUCAAUGAAAUUUAUGCUGCCUUCGCCACCUUGGAGAAAGGCCAGUCGACUCGUCCACCAUUUAAGCUUGGGAUAGUGGGUGGAGUUGGGCCGGCGGCAACGGUCGACUUCAUGGGUAAGGUUGUGGCGCACACACCGGCUGGCCGCGAUCAGGAACACCUCAAAAUGGUGGUAGAACAGAACCCCCAGAUCCCCGAUCGCACAGCCAAUCUGCUGUAUGACGAAACCGAUCCGACGAUGGCGAUGUACGCAACAUGCAAGCGACUUGAAAGCGCUGGAGCCAAUGCUAUAGCGAUUCCGUGCAAUACAGCUCACGCAUUUGUUGAGCGCAUCCAGACGCACCUAAGUGUACCUAUUGUGAAUAUGCUGACUGAGACGGUAGAGGCUAUCGUGCAGCGGUACGGCGCUGGCAAAACCGUCGGGCUGCUAGCGACCUCCGGCACAAUAAAAAGUCAGGUUUAUCACGAGGCAGCCCGACGAGCAGGGUUGCAAAUAAUUACCCCUGGUGUGGAUUACCAAGUAUUGGUUAUGGAGUCGAUUUACGGAGACCACGGAAUUAAAGCGGGUUUCACAGAGGGCAUAUGUAAAGACCAGCUGUUGAUCGCAGCAGAGCACUUGUGUGAACUGGGUGCAGAUGUGCUCAUCCUGGGGUGCACAGAGCUACCGCUGGUGCUAGAGCAUAGCGAAUCCUACAUGAUCAAAAAUCAUGAAGUGGCAUUGGUCGAUCCGACAACCAUUUUGGCAUUGAAGUGCAUUGAGCUUGCUCGAGAAAAUACAGUCAAGCCGAUUAGUCGA